GAAGCAUCUCCCACAAAAGAUAUUUUGCCAUCCUCAGCUUGUUCAGAAUUAUCUAUAAUUUCUCAAUCAUCCGCUUCAACUAUUGAAACUUACUCCAAUGAAGAAAAUUAUAUAGAUAUUUUGCAAUCUAAUAAAAACAAAGUACAAAGAUUUAUGUUAGGAGUUUCUGAAAACUCUAGUCCACAACAAUAUACUGAUUCUAUUAUUAGCAAAGUUAGCACGGCUAAUGGUAAUGUAACCCCGAAUGAAACAAAAUUUCAACUCAGCAAUGCUAACUUUACGCUUUUAUAUGAAAAAUUUGUAAUGCUAUAA